GUUUUGAAUAUGGUUUCAACUUGUAAAACAAAGACCACUACAAUGUCUAGCUUAAAAAAAGUAUUUUCGGUCCUUCUUACAGCCGCCUUGGCCGUGUUACAUUCCUCAUUGGAUGUUGCUUCUCUUUCUGUGAAUGAAGAGGCAGAGGCAAAUGCUCUUCUCAAUUGGAAAGCCAGUCUUCAAAAUGAAACCCAGUCACACUUGCCUUCGUGGACUCUCCAUCCAAAUAAUGCUACCAAUUCUUCGAGUAAUCAAAAUAAAAGCUCCAUCCCAUGCAGUUGGUACGGCAUUUCAUGCAACCAAGCAGGAAGUGUUAUUAGAUUAAACCUGACUAACUCAGGCUUGAAAGGUACACUCCAUGAAUUUUCAUUCUCAUCUCUUCCCAACCUUACAUUUGUUGAUCUCAGCAGGAAUGAACUCUUUGGUACAAUCCCUGUUGAAAUUAGCAACCUGUCCAAACUUAUAUAUCUUGAUCUAUCUUCCAAUAACUUAUCGGGGGAAAUCCCACCACAGAUUGGCUUACUGACCAAUCUUGAGUUGCUGGACCUAGAUAAAAAUCAGCUAAAUGGAUCGAUUCCUUGGGAAAUAGGUCAGUUGAAAUCUCUCAGUGAGCUUUUAUUGCAUGCCAACUUCCUCCAUGGCUGCAUUCCAGCUUCAUUAGGUAAUUUGAGCUACCUGACUUACUUAUGUCUCAACAAUAAUUUCAUUGUGUGUACCAUUCCUGCAUCUUUAGGUAAUUUAAGCAACUUGGCUUAUUUGUACCUCCAAUGUAAUCAACUUUCUGGUUCCAUUCCUUCAGAAAUUGGAAAUCUCUCCAAUUUAGUUAAAUUUGACAUAUCAAACAAUAAUCUUAAAGGCCUCAUCCCAUCUACUAUUGGAAACAUAGAGAAGCUAACCAUGUUGCAUAUGUAUAAUAAUCAUCUGUCUGGCUUUGUUCCCCAAGAAAUAGGAAAUUUGAAGUCUCUUAUCUAUUUAAGCCUUCAUACAAAUAAUCUUUCUGGUUCGAUUCCCACAUCACUAGGUGCUCUAAGCAACCUAACUAUUUUACACAUGUACAACAAUCAACUUUCGGGUACCAUUCCUGAAGAAUUAGGAAACCUGAAGUCCAUAAAGGAUCUUGAACUGAGUAGAAAUAAGUUGACUGGUACUGUUCCAAAUUCCUUGGGUAAGUUGAGCAACUUAGAACUUUUAUUCCUUCGUGAUAACCAACUUUUUGGUCUCAUUCCGCAAGAGAUCGGAAAUCUAAUGAACUUGAGUGAGUUGCAGCUGGAUACCAACCACUUCAUUGGGUUUUUGCCUCAAAACUUAUGCCAAAGUGGAUCUCUCCAAUACUUUAGUGCAGACAACAACAAUCUCACAGGUCCAAUACCCAAAACCUUGAGAAACUGCACGGGCUUAAUUAGAGUCCGCCUUGAAAGAAACCAACUCUUUGGAAAUAUAUCCGAAGAUUUUGGCGUCUACGAAAACCUGCAAUUCAUGGACCUAAGUUACAAUAGAUUUUAUGGUGAAAUCUCACAAAAUUGGAGCAGGUGCGCACAACUGACAAGCCUAGGGAUUGCUGGGAACAAUAUCACUGGUGGCAUACCGCUAGAAAUUGGAGACUUCGCUCAACUCCAAUUGCUUGAUCUUUCUUCAAAUCAAUUGGUUGGGGAGCUUCCAAUGGAAUUUGGAAAGUUGACUUCUUUGCAGAAGUUAAUGUUGAAUGGAAAUAAACUUUCUGGUGGUAUACCCUUAGGUCUUGGCUCAUUUGUAAAUCUUGAGUAUCUAGAUCUAUCCACUAAUAGAUUUGGCAAGUCAAUCCCUACAUAUAUAGGAAACCUUUCGAAACUACAUUACUUGAAUCUGAGCAACAACAAGUUCAACCUCAACAUUCCAAUCCAAAUUUGUGAAUUAAAUCACUUGUCCCAGUUAGACUUGAGCCAUAACUCACUCAGAGGAGAGAUUCCUUCACAAAUCAACGAUAUGCAAAGCUUGGAGCUGUUGAAUGUCUCCCACAAUAACCUCUCUGGUUUUAUUCCAACUACUUUUGAAAAGAUGCAUGGCUUGUUGUAUGUCAAUAUAUCCUACAAUGAGUUAGAGGGUCCUCUUCCCAAUAGCACAGCUUUUCAAGAGGCUCACAUAGAAGCAUUACAAGGUAAUAAAGGGCUCUGUGGAAACGUUACAGGAUUGCAACCCUGUAGGGUAGGGCAUAUUUCAAAAAAGGGAAAUAAAAUCAUUUUCUUUAUCAUUUUCCCUCUUUUGGGAACACUUUCACUUGUAUUGGUAUUCUUUGGAAUUUUCUUCUUUGCAAAAAGAAAAUGGCAAAAUCCACAUACAAGCCAAACAAAUGACGUGGUCGAGGAAAAAGUGUUUACAAUAUCAUCUUUUGAUGGAAGAGCAAUGUACCAAGAAAUCAUUGACGCAACCCAAAAUUUUGAUGCUAAUUUUUGCAUUGGAAAGGGGGGAUAUGGAACUAUCUAUAAAGCCAACCUAAUAUCAGGAAACAUAGUUGCGGUCAAGAAACUACAAUCCUUGCAUGAUGGUGAGAUUGCACAGCAAAAGGAGUUCUUAAAUGAGAUAAGGGCAUUAACAGAAUUACGGCAUCGAAAUAUUGUUAAAUUUCAUGGUUUUUGUUCACAUCCACAACACUCGUUUUUGAUUUAUGAGUACCUUGAAAGGGGUAGCUUGGCCACAAUUUUGACCAAUGAUGAAGGAGCUAAAGAGUUGGAUUGGAAUAAGAGGGAUAAUAUCAUUAAAGGUGUUGCUCAUGCUUUGUCAUACUUGCACCAUGAUUGCUCACCACCAAUUGUUCACAGGGACAUAUCAAGUAAAAAUGUUUUGUUGGAUCUAGAGUACGAGGCUCAUGUUUCAGACUUUGGCACAGCUAAGCUUCUUAAUCAAGACUCAUCCAAUUGGACUUCAUUUGCCGGCACAUAUGGAUAUGUUGCACCAGAGCUUGCUUAUACAAUGAAGAUAACUGAGAAGUGUGACGUUUUUAGUUUUGGAGUUUUGGCUAUUGAAGUGAUCAAAGGAAGGCAUCCUGGUGAAAUCAUCUCCAUUCUAUCUGCUUCAUCAAUAGAGGAGAAUUUAUCGUUGAAUGAUUUGUUAGACAUACGCCUUCCACCUCCCACUCUUGAGAUUGAGAAUCAAUUGAUACUCAUCAUAAAGCUUGCAAUUGCAUGCUUGCAUGCUAAUCCAAAAUCUAGACCAACAAUGCACAUGGUCUCUCAGGAGUUAUCAAGAUGAAUUGCACUUUCCUAGAGCCAUCCACAGUCUUACUAGAACAAGCAAGGAUAUGAAUUAUAUAGGACACUAUUCUGUUGAAUUUAUGCUGCUGAAGGCAAUUGUUUGUUUAAAGAUUAUGUUUUUUUUU